AUGGGUCAACAAAUGUCUUUGACUAAUUUAAAAAAUCCUGAUUUACUUGCAAUAAAUAAUGAACAUUCCGAUAAGAUAUUAUCCGAUGGUCGAAUAGAAGAUAUUCAUUUAUUUUUACCAUUGGACGUCAUAAAUGCAAUCAGUAAAAACUCGGUAUCAUCUUAUGAUCCUAAUCAAAAAUGUUCAAUUGAAUUACCAAUUACGAAACAAACAUUCAUCAAACAUAUUCGAACUGAUCUAUCUUUACUAACAAAUUCAUCGGGACUUAAUGAAUUGAAUACGAAAAUAGCAGAAAUAAUUCAACAAGUAUUCGAUCAUAUUGCGUUGACGAAUACAACUCUACAAAAUGAUAUACAAUCGAUCAUUGAUAAGCAACAACAAUUAAAAAAUUCCUAUAUUGAAAGAUUGAAGGAAGAUGAAAAUGCCACUACUUCUAUAUUUGCUCAAGCAUUUAUCGAUUCUUCAAAUUUGGAGAAUGUAUCAAAUGAACAUCAAACAGACAACAAUUCAGUCAAACAGACACGACUACAUCAAUUUCAAGCUGAACAACUCUCGUUUUUUGCUGUUCAAUCGUUAAUAUCUAUGCUACUGAUAUUACUCAAGUCGGUACAACAAUAUGAUUCCACUAUUGUUCAUCAGAUGCUCAAUUUGACAAAUCAACUUGUCGAACAAAUUCCAUUACAUUAUCUUUCAUCAGAUGUUUACAAAAGAUCAAGUAAUUUGUUUAAAUCUUUAAAACCAUUGACCAAUUAUAUCAAUGAAUUAUCAAUACAAACAGAAGUCGAUCCAAUUGCAGCAAAUCAAUCGAUUAAAAUUUUGUUGAAUUUUUCGGUUAUUAAAGGAUCUUUGAAAGAUGUUCUACCAUUAAUUAGAAAACUUAUUUUCAAUACAACUGAUAUUUAUGACAUACGAAAAUUAUUUGUAGUAUUAAACAAAGAUCUAACAACAAUAAUGGAUCGAUUCGAAAAAGAAAAACAAAUAUCAACUGAAACAACAACAGUUAUAUCACAGAAUACAGCAGAAAAUAGCAGCGAGCCAUCUAAAGAACAAGACACAACAGAAACGACAUUAUCUACUGAGACAACAUCCGAUGUAGAACGUAAUUUUUCGGCCACAUUAGAAUAUCUGAAAUCAAUGGAAGCAUUUCCAAAUACACAAUUAAUAUCAUUAAAUGAGAAGAAAUUCACUGGCCAAUUCAUAUCUUCAAUAUUACUUGUUCAUAUCGAUCUACAUAAUCAACUACAUUCGAAAUCACAAUUUGAACGUGGUUCCGUAGAUAGUUCGUUUUCAUUCGAAUUCGAACCGGUAAUAUUCAAAUAUUUAUAUGAAAUAAUCGAACAAUUGAUUAUCAUACAAUCAUCAUCGAAUCAUAAUCUCGGAUAUAUCGUAAAUGUUUGUCUACGAUUAUUUACAACACAUUUAAAAUUUUUAAUUGCUUCAAAUAUUGACAAUUUUGAUGAUUUUUUGAAUAAAAAUGAUAUUGAAAAAUGGUUUACAUUAAUAUUAAAAUUGGCUUUAGAUGAUAAAUCAGAAGAAAGAAAAAAAGAAGCAACAAAAGCAUUGAUCUAUUUGAUUGAUAAACAAACAUUAUCAUUUACUAAAACAUUAGCAUUCAUUUAUACACAUAUCAUGGAAAAUAAACAUCCAAUAUUAAUUGAACAACUAUUUGAUAAAUUAUCUAAAAAUGUAUUUAUACAUAAAUGGAUUGAAGUUCUAUGUGAUGAUCAUCAUGCUAAAGAUAAAACAUUAGCAUAUACAAUUUUACAUUCAUUACUUGAUAUUGUCUUAAAACCACCAAGUUCAAUAGAUGUUGAAAAAGUUAAUCAAUUACAUGAAAUUAUACUUAUGUUUCAAGAAUUACUUUUAGUUUACUUGAAUAAUCAACCAAUUGAUAUAUCAGAUGAACUUGAAUCAUCUUCUCUAUCGAUUCUUGGUAUCGAAUAUACAACACAUGUGAUUAAAUAUUGUAUCAGACAAGGAAUUGAAAGUAGUCUAUUGGAACCACUUCUUUUCGGUCUAUGUACUCUUACUGAAUCAAAAUUCAAUUUUGCUAUUAUACAACCAAUUUUUUCUGUCAUUCUACCUUUAUUUGCUGAAUAUUUAACACAAAUGACAAUCGAUGUAAACGUAAUAAAUACUUAUUUACUUCCAUGGCUAAUCGGAAAGAUGAGUUAUCGAUUAAUUAUCGGUCCACAACAAAGUAUUUUGGAGAAAAAAUAUAGUACUACAUUAAAGUUGCCAUUAUUUGCUGGUGGAUAUGAAACAAUGACAACAGAAAAUAAUUCGUAUUUAUCAAAUUUAUUUAAAUCUGAUUUAGCUAUUUACAGUCAUUUUAUAAUACCCUUUCGACGACAACAAUCACUAUUAGACAGUGAAUUUUUACUUUCAAUUUAUAAUAAUAACGGUCAAGGUUCACAAUUAAUUGCAAAAAUGAAAUUAUUCAUUCGAGAUAAACAACGUGUCUUACAAAAAUCAAUUGAAUCUUAUGUUAAUGAUGCAUGUGCUGCAAUAUUUGCAGUUUAUAUUAAACAUUAUCGUCGUAUUGAUUUAGCUCAACAUGAACUAACUCAACCAAUUGAUCAAAAACCACAUAUCAAACUUCUUUCACUCUAUGAAUAUGCUAAUCAAGUACGAACGAUUUUUGCUACGACGAAAGCUCGAGGUGGUGAUUGUAAUGAACUUUAUAAACAAAUUAAAGAUGAUACAUUAUUAUUACUUGUAUCAGUCAAAGAAAGUUCUUUUAUUUCAACAAUUAAAGAAGAUUUUUCAUUACCAAUAAUCACUACGAAUAAAUUUACAGUACAACGACAAAUAUCACGUUGGACAAAAGCAAAAUAUAUUAUUCGAUUACUUCGUAAUGCAUUAAAUGCUUGUAUACGAUUAAAAUAUAUAAUGUUAACAAAAAAACAAGCUGUCGAACAAAAAAAAGAUAGUGAAAGUGUUAUGCAUCGAGCUAUUGUUAGUUGUUUAUAUGGAAAUAAUACAUCAACAUCUAGAAUCAAUACUGAAUUUCAAAUUCAAUCUGAUGAAGUUGUCAAAUGUUUAAUUCGACAAUAUCAACGAGCUAUGACAAGAUUGAUUACAUAUAAAUUUAUUUAUCAAUUUAUUGAACAAUUAUUUAAUAUCAAAGAUAAUAAUCGAAUUUUUAAUAUUUUAAUUAUGAAUUUAACAAAUUUGAAAGAUAAUAAUUUAAAUUGGCAUUAUCUUGAAAAUAUUCAAGCAUCAAAUAAUCAAUUGAAAGAAGAUAUUGGAUAUCGAUAUUAUACAAUUGUCAAAAAAAUAUUAUCAUUAUUAAAUGAAUCAAUAUUUGAAUCUAAUAUGAAAACAAUGAUCAUGUUUUGUUUAUUGAAUUUGAUGAAUCUAUCCUAUGACUCAAUGGAUUUAUGUCAUUUGAAUCAUUUUCAAUUUAUUCAAGAAUUAUUUAAUUCAUUUGUUAGCUUUACUAAAAUAAAUUCAACUACUAUCAUUUCAAAAGAUAUGAAACUCACAGCAUACAAUUGGUUUCGUCUAAUUGUAUUGAGACUAUGCGAAAAUAUUGAACUAGAAGAAUUGCGAAGUACUCAUUUCGGUAGUCGAAAAUUUCAUCAUAUCUUACAACAACAACGUGAUUUUAUAUUUAAUCAAUUAAUUUUAACUGAACUUAAACAAUUGCAACAAAAACAAUUAAUGUUAACAUCCGAUAAAGAAUGUGGAAAUUCAUCAUUGAAAAAUUCUUCGAUCAGUUAUUUUAUUACAACAGCAAUAUCAAUACAAUCAUCAUCAACAUUCGAUAAUGAUGCUUGUAUUAAUCAAUACUUGAUGCUUCUACUUCGUUGUGUUCAUUUGUAUGAUCAUAUUCGAUCAAAUUAUGCUACAAUAGAUUAUAUUCAACAAUUAUUAAAUUUAUAUCAUCAGAGUCAAUAUCUUAAUACUCGUCUACUAGCAUUGAAAAUUCUACGUGAUCUAUUAGUAUUCUUACCAGAGAAUAUGAACAAAACAACAUGUCGGUAUUAUGUUGAGAAUUUAUUAAUAGAUAUUCUAUUUUCUAUUGGUCAACAUUUUAAUUUAUUCGAAACUAAGAAAAUAGAUCUUGAUAUUGUCAUUGAAUUUGUUUACAUCUAUCGUACGAUAAUGUCACAAAAUUCACCAUGGCAAAAAAUGGCAUCAAAAUUAGUUAUUGAUGCAAUUAAAUCAAGUACAAAUUUCAAUAUGACAUCGUUAGAAUCUGUUGAAAUACGACAAAUGAAUUUCUUUCUUGCAUCAUUAUGUAUCUUAGGUGGUUAUGUUCGACCGUAUUGUUUGGGAUCGACUGUAGAAAUCUAUGCAGCUGAUAGAAGUAUUCAUGAAUUAGAAUCAGCCACUAUCAUUGAAAUCAAUACGAACGCUCUCGAGUCAGAUUCAUCUGAUAUUAAACCGUAUCUCGUUCAAUAUGCUGCAACAAAUCAUACCGAAUGGGUUUCAUCGAAUCAAUUACGUAUUAUUACUGAUGUUUUACCGCCGAAUCUCUUAUUUUUACCAAUAGAUAAUGCAGUUCAUAUUAUUCUUGAUACAUUGGGCUAUCUUUCACAAAUUGAUACAUCGAAAACUGAUUCAUUGAUAUUAUUACAAAUAAAACGUCAUGCUAUAAUAGCAUUCUAUCCAUUACUAAAUAAUAAAACAAUUGUCGAUAUUUUCAUGCAAAAACCUUAUGCAUCUGUUAUUGCUAAACUAUCAAUAUCGGUUGAUAAUCUUGAUUCAAUUCAUAGUACAAAACCGAAUGAUUUACGAUUGUUUAAUCGAUUACAUCUAGAACAAUAUAAUUUAAGUUUAGAUAAAUGUGAAAGAACAAAACAAAUAGUAAAAGAUGAAUCUGAUAUUGUUCGUAAUAUAAAUGGAUGGAAUCAAAGUAAAAUCAAUCGUGAUUCUGUUAUUCUACAAAAUCUAUUUAAAACGAGUUCGAUAGACGAAGGAUGGAAACCGAUUGCAUUUAAAAGUGAAAUACACUCCUAUAAACGGGGUCGAAUUGGAACCAAUGAAAUUCGUAUUAUUUCUCUACCUGCCAAUGAUACUCUACCAGUCUUAGAAGAAUGCGGUAAUAGCCACAAAUUUAAAGGAAGAGUUAACAUAACUGAUGACAAUGGAAAUAUUCGAUAUCCGACUUUUAUUGUUGAUGGUAUACAAUUAAGUGAAGGAAAAUGGUACUUUUGUAUUAAAACUCUACUAGGUGGUGCGGCACAAAUUGGUUGGGCAACAAAUGGAUUUACUCCUGUACCAGAAAAUUCAAAAGGUAUUGGUGAUGAUACAUUUUCAUGGGGUUAUGAUGGAUCACGAGGAACUUGUUAUCAUAAUCAAGGAACUAAUUUUUGUGAUGAAACUCGUUGGAAAGCGGAAGAUGUAUGUGGUUGUGGUAUUGAUAUCAAUGGGAAAAAUACAACUAUCAAAUAUUGGUUAAAUGGUCAAUUUUUAGGUACAGCAUUUUCACAUUCAGAAAAUACUGAUAUUGAAUCAACCAUCAAAACAAAUUUGUUACCCAACGGACUUAGUACUACCUAUUUUCCUGGUGUUACUAUACAAGUCUAUAAUAGUAUAGCUAAUACAGGCGCUUUUGAAUUCAUAUUUAGUCCAGAAGACAUGACUCAAUGUCCUUUACCGGAAGGUUACAAGCCGUUGUUAAUGCCAACAUUUAUGACAAUGGAAAAUGUACUAGUAGCUUAUCCAUUUAGUGCCUAUCUUGUUGGUAAUGAUAUUCAUCAAUAUUUCUAUACAAGUCGAUGUUCAAAAGAUGAUUCAGCCGAUAAGAAAAUCUUUUUGUUACGUGAUUUUGUCAAUGAUCAUCAUGUCAAAGUUCCAUUCAAUAUUGAUAUGAUAACAACUAAUCAACAUCUAUUGAAGCUAUCGGAAGAUAGUGAUGGAUUCCCGUUAUCGAUUGAUAAUUAUCAAUCGUUGACUAUUAGUUUCGAUUUUGAAAUUAUUCAAACAGACGAUAUGGAAAAUCAUCCUGACGAACUCGAUAUUGUAUUAUUCGCUAUAGAGAACGAGAUGUUUUCAAUUCGAAUAUAUAUGAAUGAUAUGAAUGAUGAUUUUAUUGAUGAUACAAUGAAAUAUUGUCAACGUGUUGCUAUUCUAUUUCAAACAAAUGAACAAACAAAAGUCUAUGUCAACAAUAAACAUCAAACAUUAAAUUAUUGUCAUUGUUUUGAUCUAACAACAAAAUCCAAACUAAAUCUACAACUUUUGCCAUAUAGAAAUGUCGGAAUUCGAAAUAUUGGCGUAUGGAAAUAUGCAUUGUCCGAAGAACAUAUUCGACGUCUAUUCACUUAUGGUCUUUUGUAUGUUGCUGUUGAUUAUCAAAAAUUGAAUGAAUAUCGAAAACAAACAAAUACAUUAAUAUUUGCAGCAGAACAAAAAUAUUUCACAAAUGAAACACUUGUUCCAUUCAAAGAACCAUUUGAAGACAAUCUAUGGGAGAAAAGAAAACAAUGUAUUGAUCACGAUGAAUCGACCUAUUUCAAAACAAUAUCAGGUACUAAUCGAUCGGUCGUACAAUUGUUCGGUAAUAAAACUUAUCUAGUUUUAAAUACUGCAAAUCAAGUAUGGUCCGAAUAUACAUUAAUUCUUGAUAUUUUUAUACUCAAUUUCCCAUCGAUCAAUCCGCCAUCAGUUACAUCGAAUAGUGAAGCCCAAUUAACAUUAUUAACAUUGGAUACACAAUCAGAAAUUUAUUUAACAUAUGAUGGUCAUAUUUGUCUAUCCGGAGGACAUCAAAGUUCAUCAAUAGUAAAAUUACAAGAAUAUAUUCGUUUGCUUAUUUCUGUUCAACAUAAAUAUGUUCAUAUUUAUGUUAAUGGUUCAUUAGAAAUCAAUGCCUCAAUUACAGAUGAUCAAUUUGCAACAAAAUUGAAACACAUAGAUCUUUUUCGAGAAAUAGAUCUGACAAAAAACACUAUCAGUGAUGAUCAACUACGAAUUGAAUGUCGAUCAAUAACAUUUUGGAAUAAAUCAAUAGAUACUCUUCGUCUAUCAAUGACAAAAUUGAUCGAAUCAAUUGAAUAUUCCUUAGAUAAUCUUGUUGCUCCAACGUAUUCAAUUUUAUCAAUAAGUCUUAUAGGUAUUGGUUACAAAGAAGAAUCAAUCAAAUAUGUAAUUAAGCAAUAUAAUACGACAAAUAUUCAUUUCAUCGAUACUAUUCUACGAGAACAUCAUCAAGAAAUAGAAAAAACACAACAACAAGAACAACAACAGAAAAAAAUCAAUGUUUUAGCACGAUUGAAUUCUUAUGAUGACAAUGAAACAUUAACAAUGUUAAUGAAAACUGAUAAUACUACAAAUGAUUUGUUAAUAUCGACAUUGUCUAGUGACGUGUUAUCUGAAACAGAAAAUACUGAUGAUAAUAUGGCAUCUGAAAUGGAAUGGUAUUGUAAAACUGUUCGUUGUGUAGGUAUUCAUGAUAAAUUAACAGAUUGGAUUCGAGAUAAAACAGAAGCAAGUCUAAUAACAAUCGAAGAUCCUUAUCAUAAACUUGUUGAUCUAACUAAACCAGAUUCUGAAGAAACAGCAAUUGAAAAUGAAUUAAAAAAGAAAAUGAAAAAAUCAUUACAUUAUCUACAUCGACAAAUACAAAAAAAAACUUAUAUUCAUUUACGUACGAGUUGUGAAUAUGGAUUAAUAACAAUCUAUGCACGUUAUACAAUAUUGAAUAUGUUAAAAGUUUGGUGUAAUGAUGAUCAUCCAAGUUUAUUUCCAUUGACUAAAUUUGGUGAUGGAAAAUUUAUUGUAACAUUAUUACGAUUAAUGGAUUAUCAUUAUACAUGUACACGUACACAUAUAGAUGAAACUAUCAAUAGAAUGAAAUUAUUAACGAUGUCAAUAUUAAAAGUUGAAUUAAAAGAAUUAUUAAAAUGUAUGAUAUAUGAACAAAUUACUGUAGAAAUAUUGAAUAAAAAAGCUCCAUUAUUUUAUCAAUUACAAAAACAUGUUAUUGAAGAAUCGAUUCAUUUUCUUGCUGAACCAUCUUUAAUCUAUAUGAAUAAUUAUGAUGAUAAAACUAUUGAUGAACAAAUGUUAAUUAAACAAUCAAAUUUAGAUUUUCUUCUAAGAAUUGUUAAUCUCUUUUUAGAAUUGUUAAUUGAUGUUGAGAUGAAAAAAUAUGAUAUUGAUAUGAUGAUUCAAUUACUAUUUCCAGCAUUAUUUAUCAAGGUGUUGUUUGAUCUAUUUUUAUUAGUACCAUCACAUCGAUCUAAAAUAUUCAUUCUUCAUCUUUUUACUACGUAAGUUCAUUCGAGCUGAAUAGACAAAUUUCUAGUCCAUGAAUUCUUUCUAUUCACUCUACUACUAUCAACAUCAAAAUAUAAGACAGAUGAUCAUUUUUUUUCAAAAAUAAAAUUUAAUAGAAGAGAAAAACAUUUUUUUUAGCAAAAUAAGUAAAAAUUGGAUUGAACAGAUAUUGACUGAUUAAGGAAAUAUAACUAUUCGUUAAAGAUAAUUAAUUGUUCUUUUUCGUUCUAUCGAAGAUUGAACUGUAUAGCUUGUUCUCUUCAGAAGUUAUCAGCAUUUUUUCAAGACGUCCAAAACUCUGCGAAACGACCUGCAACCAAGGUACUAUUUGUUAGGACAGGGGUAAUCGAUCAUGUUGAAUCGAGUGAUAACAUUUGUUUUCUGUUUUGAAGCUGCUAUGCCAAGACUUCCGCAGUGUGGUCAAUUACUUCUGUUCUUACCUAUGAUAGUUUGAUUGGAGAUUGUUUGACCGAUUUCUGAGAUCUUAGGAAAAUGCCAAUGACUUUUGGACAGAACAAGCUAUAGAGCUACUAGGGAACCUUCCAAGGUGCGGGAGCGCUUUUCAAUCGGGGUUUCGCGCAUCUUGUAGCCUAUAGUGUGCUAUGUCUAUGAUAAAAAAAGUUUGGGUUUCUGGCUUGUUUCUGAGGAGAUAUCGAGUUCUUAGUGAAUUUUCUCUAUAGUACGCCUACAUUGGCAGCAAAGCUAUACUUUCGAAUUUUGACCUGAAACUUUGCCUGCAUAAAGGCCUCAGCUAGACUAGUUUGCAUAAAAAAUUUCAG